AAAAAUCACUACUUUCAUUUAAAGCGAUUUUAAGUGAAAUUCUAGUGAUUUGUAUAAUUACAUAAAAAGUGUUGCGGAAAUUGACUCUCUCUAUCUCUCUCUGCAAAUUUUCACGCGCCGAUGAAAAUUCGCAAAAGAUCUGUAUUAAAUCAUCAAUAAAAAUAGCGAAACUAAGGGUGCAAUGAGUCCAGCUGUUUGAAAUCCACAACAUAAAAGCAAAAAACACAACUAUAAAACAACACGCACCAAAUCACACGGAAACAACAACAAUAGGCAUUGCUCAUAAUUAAUAUGUACGAGAAAACAUUAAACAUAGGAACUGCGAAAGUUAAUAAUGCAUAUGAAUGGCAAAAAGUGAGAUACAACAACAAACCCCAACCGACAACAACAACAGCAGCUGCAGUUAAACCUAAACCACAACAACAAGCUCAAAAGCAGAAAAAUGCAACAAAAGCCGCGCCAGCAACAACUACAGCUGCAACAACAACAGCAACAGUGCCACCGUUAGCCGGCAACAGCGUUACCGUUAAGCAAGGCCCCAAAAUCAAAUUCGUUGGCAACGCGGCGCGCCGCCAAUCGUUGGCCCAUCAAAUCAAGCGAGCACAUCGGCAUUUACUGACCAGCGGCGGUCAGGAUAAGCAGCCGCAGCAAAAGCAAAAAACACAAGUGCAGCCGCAGUCGGGCAAAACAGUUGCCAAACCGAAACAGAGGCAGCAGAAACAAUUGUUCAAAAGUGAUAAGGCGAAGGAGAAGUUCAGCAGGCAGCAGAGAAAGCGAGGCGGCACCAGGAGCACUCGCAAUCCGAGGACGCAAUCGGAAUCUUCGGGCCUGUCAUCCCGCUGGAUUUCCAUCGAAGAGCAGUUGAACCUGCUGGACGACCUGCUCUACUACUGCGAUGAGGAGGCCGAACUGUAUCUAGCCCAGCUGUACGAAAGGUUCGAGACACUCCGGCGUAGCAGGAGUUCCUCGCCAGUGAGCGAUUUCUGGAGCGAUUCCGACAUGGAGCACGAUGACUCCAGCACCAGUGGCACUGGCAGCCAUACAGCCAGCAAUACCAGUCUAGUUCCCGCCUCGCUAAAGCGUCGUGGCCACCAGCAUCAUCCGCGAUUCUCGGGCACUCGCCGUCCCAAUGUGCCCAAUGUCCAGGAGAUUCUGGCCGCACUUUAUCGCGGCGACUCCAAGAGCGCGCUCUCCAAUCUCAGGGGCGAGACGCAACCGGAGGAGGAGCAACCACAGCAGCAGCCGGAGGAGAUGCUGCCACCCAGCAGAAGCACUUUAAGCCUGCCCCUCAGUGAAUCGGUGACCAAUUCUCUGGGCAGCAACAGUCCCACGCCCACAGACGAAAGCAGCGUGCAGGAUGAGGGGGCCAGUAAUCCGGCAGCAGCUUCAAUAGCUGAGGAUGCAGCCCCACCAGCAGCCACAACCACCUCCAAGAGCAAGAAAAAGAAGCGGGAGAAGUGUGAAAGGUCAGAGAAGUCGGACAAAACUGAGAAAUCCGACCGGAAGAAGAAAUCCUCGAGCAAGAAGGAACGCAGCAAACGCUCCAAUCCCAUGGAGCUAAGCAGCGACAGCCUGGUCACCGAUCUCAGUGCCGGGGCCAUCGAUGAGGGCAUCGCACUGGCCGACGACGACGACAACCAAGCGGCGGAGUGGUCCAAGUUGCGAUGCACCAGCGAGGCGGCCGAGAUUGUGGCGGAGCGGGAGGCUCGCCGAAACAAGGGACGCUGUGCGGAUUAUCCGGGACUCGCCUUUGGCAGAUCCAUCUUCAGUUCGGACACCAUGAUGAAGUUCAACAUCAUUCGCAACGAGCUGCACAACAUCAUGAACACACAACUCAAACGGGCCGAAUCCGAGGUUGCCGCUCUGAACCGUCGCAUCCAGUUGCUCGAAGAAGACUUGGAGCGCUCUGAGGAGCGUCUGGGCUCCGCCACAGCCAAGCUGUCGGAAGCCUCUCAGGCCGCCGAUGAGAGCGAACGGAUACGAAAAGCGCUUGAGAAUCGCACAAAUAUGGAAGAUGACAAAGUAGCUCUCUUGGAGAACCAGUUAGCGCAAGCAAAAUUAAUUGCAGAAGAAGCUGAUAAGAAAUACGAAGAGGUGGCCAGAAAACUCGUGCUCAUGGAACAGGAUCUGGAGCGUUCCGAGGAAAAGGUCGAGCUCAGCGAAAGCAAAAUUGUGGAGCUUGAGGAGGAGCUGCGCGUGGUUGGCAACAACCUGAAGUCCCUGGAAGUCUCUGAAGAGAAGGCCACACAAAAAGAGGAGACCUUUGAGACGCAAAUCAAAGUAUUGGAUCAUUCUCUGAAAGAGGCUGAGGCUCGUGCUGAGUUCGCUGAACGCUCCGUUCAGAAGUUGCAGAAGGAAGUCGACAGGCUCGAAGACGAGAUGAUCAAAGAGAUCGAGCACUAUGCCCUCGUCGGCGACCAGCUGGACUGGACCUUCGUGGAGAUGAUGGGCAUGCCACCAUUCUACAACGAGCGCUACCCCAAGCCGCCGACACCGGAGCUCACCGAGGAGGAGAAGGCCGCCCUGGAAGCCGCUGCCAUUGCCGAGGCCGAGGCGAAGGCUAGGGCCGAGGAGCUGGCUGCCCUCGGCGAGGAGGCAGGCGCAGAGGCUGGGGAGGGUGGUGCACCGGCGGAGGGCGCUGCUCCCGGCGAGCCUGGUGCAGCAACUGAGCCCGGCGUCGAGGCACCACCGGCUGAGCCCGAGAGGAUCCCCACGCCGCCACCACCACCACCAUUCGAGUACUCCAUCGAUUUGCCCCCAGAGGGUGCUGAGGUGCCGUACGUCAGGAACGCGGAGCCAGGCGACUUUGCUCCGCCCGCCGAAGCAGCACCAGCUGAAGGAGCGCCACCAGCCGAAGGAGCACCACCAGCGGAAGGAGCCGCACCAGCCGAGGGAGCACCAGCUGCAGAGGGCGCUCCACCGGCAGAAGGAGCACCAGCAGCUGCCCCAGCUGAGGGCGAAGCUGCUCCACCAGCACCGGCUGCCGAAGGGGAUGCCGCCGCCGCACCUCCACCACCACCGCCGGCUGAGGGAGAGGCUGCUCCUGCAGCUGCUCCGGCACCAGCCGAUGGCGAAGCCCCACCAGCACCACCUGCCGAGGCGGCUCCUGCUGCUGAAGCACCUCCUGCUUAGAAACCCCGAACAUGUUUUAUUGCGAUCAGUGAAAAUAGAUGAAAGGAUCUCUAGAAGGAUCUCGGCGUUCAAGAA